AUGACAAUCGGUGUGUACGUACGAUUCCCGAAGAAAUUACCGUGACUGCAUCUCUCGUUUUCUAUCCGUAAUUUAUUCCGCACUCGAUCCGCCGAGUACUGAAUUUCUAAGAAGCCCAAGGUGGUUCAUUGAAUCAAACAGAAGAAUAUAUAAUUCCUAUACCGUGCACGCCGUGUACGUUAAUCAACUGUGCAAGCAGGGAAUAUAGUCGAGGAAAAUAGAGAAUCAUGUAUUUCAACUAGCAUUUAUAUCGUUUAUUUUUUAUCAGGUAUUUCAAUUUGCGUAAAACGUCUAUCUAGAUUUUCAUCGGGGCCCGCGGGUAAAACGGUCGAUCGAGUUUUUUAUUUUCUUGCUUCUUGAAAUUGUCACUCUGACCUACUAACUGGCCGACGCUGAAACGCACCGAUAGCAAUCGAUACAUUACGGACAAUUUAAAGCUUGUCCCUGUUUAAACGCAGAACGGAGAUUAAGCAGACGUUAAUUGCGUCCUUUUAAUUCAGAACGUGUAAUUACGGUACUCGCGGUUUCUGCUUAUUUCUUCAUCGUUCCGUUAAAAGUCUCCUUCUUUCGUUUCCAUUAACUUCCCGACGACAGUUCCACGCAGCUUACAUAUUACAGUUAAACAUUGUAAUCGAGCUCCGUUUACCUCGCUUCCCAUGCCGCGGUAGAUCUCGAAUUUAAUUGCAGCGUCGAUCGCGGUAAUUGUAGAUUAUCUCGAGACCUUUUGUUGCAUCAACUCAGCAGGUGGCAGCUAAUUGAAAUCUUGUAGCUUUACUGUAUCGAAAUUACGCAAUAGAAUGAUUAAUGAUAUCGGACGCGCGUGUAAAAGGAACGAAGUUUUGGUCUCAAAUUUUAUUCAGAUUCCUCGGGACCUGUUUCUUUCUUACGGGACAUUAAUCUUCGUUACCAGCCUCCCCGUUCUGAUUUCAUCGGUUACCGCGAUUGCGUGAAAACGUUCAGAACAACCGCAAAUUGAAUGGAACCGCAUUAAUCAGAUGGCCGUUUUACACCUGAACCGGCACAAUUUGUCGCAACCGGGUCAACUCGUUUCAUUCAAUUCUUUUUUACCUCGGUCUUUAAUUACAUCUCUCGCGAUAAAUCAAUCGAUAGCGCUUCAUUUAAAAACCGAAUAUGGCGAGAGAAAGCGAGAAUCGAAAUAAACACGAGACGCGAAUCACGAUAAUCUAACAAUUUGUAAGAUGAUAGCAACUGUGUCACGUUUUAGGAGGACGUAGAUCGAAUUGUACUUUCAUGAAUUUUCGGCUCCCCGGAUUCUGUCGCGUAGGUAACGGUGAGAUGGGCUCCCGUUCUCGGAUGUUGGCGGGUCCCUCGAUUUGGCCCCCAUCAUCGAGGGGCACGCAAUAGGGGAAGGUCCCCUACCUCCCGUCCAACUUGAGCUUCUCGGUUCUCUCUGGCGGCAAGCAAACGCUUACCGGUAGUUCGUAAACGAGUCGCGAUUUAGCAACCCGAGUCUCGAGCGCGUGUCUCUGACAAACCGUAUAUAAAGAUACUUAGUAUGUUUCUUAGAAAAAAAGGAACGCACGUGAUCCGUCCAGAAUAGAGUCACUCCGUGAUCUUGAUCGUCUCGUUUUUUUUUCUGUGUCACGAUCGAGUGUGACGCGAUUCGAAACUCUGGUGUGCGCCGAUACCGUUCACAGACAAUGGGCAAGGACGAUCGUUUCAGUUUCUCUUCGGCGCGUUUGUUUACCCGAUCCAGAGGUACCUGGCAACGAAAUACGAUGUGUUAUUAAUGACAGAUCGUCGUUAGUGUUUGAUUAAUUUGCUGCGAGCCUCUCCUACUGCUGCAGUCGUACGCGGAUGCUCGAGCUCGACGCAUUUUACGCGAAUUACGUAUGGGUCACGAUUAUAUAUGCGAUAACGAUUAUGCUCAAGGUAGUGUGGCGUCGAACCAAGCGUUGUUUAGCGUUCGUUAUUUCAUUGUUUGACUCGUAUCGCGAAGGAUGGUCGCGAUCGUUCUUUCUGGUUUUGCUUAACGGUGCACCGUUGAAGAAUUUAUUACCGAAGACCGUCUGUCCUGGAAAAUAGUCAUCGUGACUGACGUGUUCCGUGAUCGAGAAACGCGGACCGGACUCGUUCGACCGUUGAGACCGUCUUACGUGAACGUGUUGCCGAUUUACUUCCGCCGAUCAUUAGAUCGGCAGCUUGCCACGAGAAGAUCGACGUGUCGUCAGCUUUUGAAUUGCAAAUCGGUUUAAGAACUUUGCGCUUGGCUAUUAUCCGGAGAUAGCAUCGGUGUCGAAUCUUCAAUGGAAAUGAUUAACGCGCGAUCGUCCUCUAACACCGUGAAUUUUUCUGACGUCUUCAAGGAGAACGAGGAUUCCAUUUAACAGAUAGACCAAUCUUUAUUAUCUUUGUAAUAGACCAUAAAUAAGUCCUCGUGAUCGUACACGUGUGCUAAUGGAUUACGCGUAAAGCGUUCCGUGACGCAACCGAUCCUUGAAAAAGUUAUUCGUUUUUCUUUCGCCAAUUAUUAUCAUGCCCGGCUGUGUUCGCCGUGAGGCAAAACACAUUCUUGCGUCGAGUGACGUGAACGUGUAAAAAUCGAAUUCUCGAUUAGCGAGACGUAAUAACGAGGAUGCUUGUUAUCUGUAACGUGAGAAAAUAACUCUCCCGCGUCUCAUUGCCGCGCUUAUUACCGGUGAUAUCACGGAUGCAAAUCUAGGUUUUCACCUUAGCGCGUUGAACUCGUGCCGUGCCUCGUUCCCCGAUUCGAUUUAUACUGGCCAGGCAGCGAAUCUUGGUAUUAUAGGCUUAAAUAAAAUUACAGUAUACGUCAAUAUUCGUUAUCUAAUGAAAUCGUGCUCCCCUUAUCUUCCAGGAAGAAUUUUAUGUAGAUAAAAAUGUUAAUAUCGCUGUUCCGUAAUUAUACUGAGUGCCGAUCGAAACUGGUAAUUAGAGAAUUCUUCGCAUCGUUGGAUAUUGCAAAUCACUUUCUCUAACGUUGUUGCUGAUCUUCUCUGUGAAAUCAUUUCUUCAAAGAUGUAACAGUGUCGCACGAACUUUGUGAUGAAAGUGUGUAGUUUGUAUAUUCGUAUUGCACCGCGAGUUUUGUAACAAUGACCGACACCGACAUGCUGUUGUCAAACAGCCAUCGCUGCUUACACAGGGGGUUGAAAAAGUAUCCUAGCAUUGAUAAACAAUUGUGGGAUCCGAGUAGUAGAUGGAUUCUUCAGUGGGAUAAUAUUGUGAAACAUCCCGGCGCUAGAGCAAGAGGGUGUCAUUGUGACAUUCAUAAACCACCGUGGCUGUACCCAGAUUUAGUGGGGAAAAACGUGGACGAGACUGACAGGGCAACCAAGUCAGCUCCUGUGAAAAGGACACCUGCCCUUCCGAAAAGAGGACAGUUCGGUCCUGCGAAAACUCCGGCUUCGGCUAUAGGGCAAGCUGGUGCCGUCGAUGAGGAGACGUUCGUCACAGCGUUCGAGGAUGUGCCAUCGAUGAACUUAUUCUCCGCGAAAGACCUCGAAGAACAGAUGAAGAUCAUAAGAGAGAAUGUCGGCGACGAUAAGAAAGAUUGGAAACUGAGGACGGAGAGCAUAAAAAAAGUACGAUCAAUCGUUAUCGCGGGUGGCACGUCUUACGACAAUUUCUUCGAGCUGUUGAAGAGCCUGCAGAGACCUUUCGAGGUGGCCUGCACCGAUCUGAGAUCGCAGGUGGUGCGAGAGGCGUGCAUCACGUUAGCGUAUCUCAGCAUACAGUUGAAAAAUAAAUUCGCUAGUUUUGGCGACGCGGUAUUACUCACCUUAAUGAACCUCAUACAGAACAGUGCCAAGGUUGUGGCAACAGCCGGUGCCGUCGCGGUCAGGUUUAUCCUUCAAAACACGCAUUGCAAUCGUUUCGUGCCAAUCAUCGCAUCGUGCUUGAAUCACAAAAGCAAAGACAUACGUAGGGCGACGUGCGAGUAUCUCCAUCUGAUUCUGCAGACGUGGCCUACUCAGAUAUUGCAGAAACACUGUCAAAUAUUGCAAGACACGAUCAAGAAGGGCAUCGCUGAUUCCGAUUCGGAAGCAAGAGCCUUCGCUCGAAAGUCGUAUUGGGCAUACAAAGAUCAUUUCCCGGAGCAAGCAGAAACCUUGCUGAACAGCUUGGACAUCGCAUACAAACGCUCAUUGAUGUCUCUUAGCAACAGCGGAAGCAUCAACAGUUUGAACGUCGUUACGAGAUCUGCGAGCGUUAGUCCUCGAACAUCAAGGCCAGCGAUGAGCGCCACAGGUAGUACGGAAAAUUUGCAUCAGACCACGGGUCAGCCGCACGGCCCCCUCAGACGUACCCCGUCCUUGCCACGGUCUUAUCGCCAGUCUGGUAUCCCAGUGCUCCAAAGACACACUGAUAGUCACUAUCGCGGAACGCCGGGCGUUAGGUCUACCAGCGCGAUAGACUUGCAAGCAGCACAGAGAGCAAAGGCGAGGAUGAUGUAUGCCAAUAUAAGCCGACAGAAGGCUUCUCUUCCGCGACCAAGCAAAUCGCCGGACACAACCACCGUUGCCAGUCCAGAGAGGACCGCGAGAACGAGGACGAGAGUGUCUGGCGUGUCGCAAUCUCAACCUAGCAGUAGAUCGGGCUCACCGUCGUCAAGGCUGAGUUACGCGACGUAUAAUCGCGAAGGUGAAUCGUUGAUCGCGAGACCUAGACGUUUAUCUGGACACGGGAUCAGGAGUACGGGGAACAGUCGCGAGCCGAGUCCGCAAAGGUUUGGAAUGGACCGGAGUUUCGCGAGCAAAAUACGGGGAAGAAGCUUACAUAUGUCUCCAACGGAUAGGCCCCAAUCUAGACCGGUGAUGGCGCAGAAGAUGCUGCAGCAGUCGCGCGAAGCCGAAUCAGCGUUGGCGGAUGCGCUUACGUUCGAUAAUAUCGACAACUACCCGAGAACGCCGAGGGGGAAGGGUGAUCACAGCGACGAUAGCGAGACGAGCAGCAUCUGCUCCGAACGAAGCAUGGACAGCUUCAGGCGUCCGAACGAUUCGUUCUCAUGGAGUGGCUCUCAACAAAGACUGUAUCGUGAUAUGUGGGAUCCAUCUGCCCCUAAGGAUAUUAAGGAAGUUAUAGAGAAUUGUGGGCAUAAGCAUUGGGGUGAUAGGAAAGAAGGUUUAGUGGGACUGCAACAUUUUCUUUCGAUGGGAAAUACGCUCACAGCUACGGACUUGCGCAAGGUGACGGACAUCUUUACGAAAAUGUUCAUGGACUCUCAUACGAAAGUCUUUAGUUUAUUUUUGGACACGCUUAACGAAUUGAUAGCUACACACAGCGAGGACCUCGGUGACUGGCUUUACGUGUUGUGUGCCAGACUCCUCAAUAAAUUGGGUACAGAUCUUUUAGGUUCGAUACAAGCGAAAAUUCACAAGACGCUUGACGUAGUCAGAGAAUGUUUCCGAGGAGAACAGCUUUUGCCUGCUGUAAUGAGGUAUUUGACGGAUCCAACGCAAACGCCAAACUCCAGAGUGAGAGUAGCGACAUGCAUGUUCAUCACACAAAUCGCGGAAACGGCAGAACCGUCUGCAUUGAACAACCCUUCGGCAACGGCGUUGGCAAGGCUGCUCGAUUGGUCGAACGAUAUUAAAAGUCAAGACGUUCGAAGGCAUGCACAGAACGCCGUCAUAUCGUUGUAUAAUUUAAAUCCUCCAAAAGUGACCAUGAUAUUGUCCGAAUUACCCAAAUAUUAUCAAGAGGCAGCAUUGCCAUUAGUACAGAAUCAUUUAAGAAAAUCAUCGGGCACCAGUAAUCCCGCGUCACCGGGAACUCCGCCACCUAGAGCUCAGAGUUCUCCGGCUCGCACGAAAGGUAAAGGCGAGAUCGAAAACGCGGACGAAAAUCUGGAAGAGGUUUAUAAAUCCUUGAGGCGUACAACGGCUGAAAUACAGAAUUAUGGUUUCGAGCGUUUGGAAAGAGCAACGACCAGCAAAGACAGUGGCAUCAGUAAUAUGGCCGACGUAGAAGAGAAGACUGAAGGACCAACAUUAUGCAAUUCGGGUCGUUCAUCUUCUGUUUCUUCGCCCACGCAGAGGGGCCGAUCUGUGACUAACAUCACAGUAAAUGGUUCGAGCGAUACAAUUGCUGGCGAUCUCAUUCUACCUCAGGAAAAUAAUGGUUACAAAACGCAUGGAUCGUCACCCGAUCCGGCAAAAAGACCAGAAGUUUUAGAUAAUAUGAUUAAAACGUUACAAUCUAAAACAGCACAGACUGAUGAAAAAAUAUCCGCUCUACAGGAAUUCGAGUUGUAUGUUCGAGAAGGAGAUGCCUUGUAUAUUAAACAAAAUUUUAAAAAACUGCUCAAAACUUUAUUAGAUAGUUUGUCUAACGAUAGCAAGAGAUUACAAGUAGAAGUACUUCAAACGCUAAACGAUAUGCUUAAGUGUCCGGAACUGUUAGACAGUUUUUCUCUUUAUCCUGAACUACUGGUUUUAAAAGUAAUUAACGCGUACAAAUUGGACGAUCAGAAUCAAGAUUCUACCAGUAGCAGCAAUUCCAGAUCACCUAUUCUUUGGAUGGCAGAAAGAUGUGCUGCGACAAUAGCGAUGGUCCUCCAACCGGAACAAAUAAUUCAUUUAGUGUCGACUAUAAUAACUACCGAACCUUAUCCGUUGAACAUGGGCGCGAUAAAAAUGCUUCACAAGGUUGUGGAACAUUGGGGUCGCGACGCAAUAGAACCCCACUUAUCGAAAGUCAUGCCCGGCCUCAUCAAAGCAUACGACGAUCAUGAAAGCGCGGUGCGAAAAAGUGCGGUGUUUUGCAUGGUAGCCAUACACUUGGCAGUCGGUGAAGAAGUAAUAAAACCUCAUCUGAGCUGCUUGUACACCAGCAAGCUAAAACUGUUGAACAUUUACAUACAGCGCGCCCAACAAACGAACAGUCAGCCGGCGAGCCCGCGUAGCAACAGCAAGAAUUAACUAACAACAAGUUCCGCGAUGCUGAGAAUCGUGAUACUUAAUCGGGAAGAAUCGCUUUAGGGACGUACAUACGUAAGGUUUUCCAGUCAUAAUACGUGUAUUUUUUAUUGGUUACGACUUAAGUUCUAGCGUUUUUUCUUACUAGGAGUUCAAAAUACUUUUCCCCAUAUUGUGGAACGAAACAACAGUGUCGUGCCUCUUGUCCAUUUUGUGAUUUUAUAUUCUUUGAAUUUCGUUAGGAUAUUGUGUAUAUAUUUAGGUGUUUCAGUGUAUUAUUGUUACGCGUCUAUUAGAGUUGAUCGCGGUUGAUUCGGGUGUCUGGUCAGAGUAUAAGUAUGAGGAGAGACAGUGCGUAAUCACUGCCGAGAGACACCCUAGUGGCCCUCUAAAUGAAUGAUGUACGUGAAUGCCAAUUAUUACCGAGAAUACGUUGUGUAAAGAUAACAUUAUACGCUUGUACGCCGUUUUAAAAAACAUCGCUAAGUAGUAUCGCACGUGGCAAUAUGUUGCUGUACACCUUGCAGUUAAUUAAUUUAAAGACAGGAAAAACUAGGUGUCGAGACAACGAUCCGUUUCAUAUAGAUUCUGUACGAUCAGUGACGAUGAAUAAAUUUUCUAAGAAAUAUUUUCUUCCGUAUUCUAACAUCAACGACGAGCAAAAGUCGAUGCAUACACGCGUAAUAUACAAUUAUCACAGCAACUUUUCCGAACCGCGUGUAAAUCGACCAGAGAGCAUAUAAUUUAUUUGUCUGAAAGAAAAAUUCGUGUGCUAGUCAGAUUUUCCAAGGACGCACAAUUACUCAACAGAGAUGCAAAGAUGAAAUUGACAAAGAAACAGAUAUAAGAAUUGAGAAUGUGAUCGAGUGAAUGGGAGGGAGAGUAAUACGCGAUGAAGACGGAAGAAUGGUAUUUAGAAGAACGCGAUGUUUGAGAGUAAUGAUAAUAUUUAAAUUAUUCGUCACGUUGCCAAGAAUUAAACGAACGCUGAAUCAAAGCUAACAUAACGGCGGUCUUUAGUAACGUUCUGUGCCAUUGUCAUUUCCGUUUUAUUUUAUAUAAGCAUACAUAUUAUACAUAAAUAUAUAGGCAACCUUCGUCUUUUAUUAUUAAAUAGUAGGCUCCCGAGUAGUUGAACAAUUUCAUGAUCAAACUGAAAGUGAAUCAUCGACGUAUUACCAAAUUCGAUCAUUUUUUUAGAUCUAUUCAUUUUUCACCCAUGAACAAUCUUGAAAUUAAUAGAAUGCAGACGAUACAUAACGUGUGGUAGAAUGUAAUUCCUAAAUAAAUAGGUGGGCAAACAGUGCCAAAAAAGUGAUAUCGCAUGGUGUACGAUGACAGGGCAGUAUUCGGGUGCGAGCUAUUUCUUUUACUUGGUGCCUUUGGCGUCGUCGGAACGAGAUUUGUUCGGGGAUCGUCUUUUAUCGUCUUGUAGAAAAAAAGUUGAAGCGAUUGUAGUCUCAGCAAAGUAGUUAGAGAAUUCGAUUCUUUCGACGUAAAGUUCCCCCCUUUCAUUAGAACGACGCUGUUCGAAGAAAAUGAAUUGAAUCAGAUUAUCGACCUUCUUCGUGUUCAUUUUGCUACUUCGUCGUCGAGAACGAUGAACGCACAUCUUUGUGGAUUAAUAAACAAUGUAAUCGUCGACGAAUGUAUAUCUACGUCUAUUUUCAUAAAUCGCGGUGAUCUGAAAAUAUUACACACGCGAAUUGUUCUCAGCGAUUGCUUUCGAUCACAGAUACGAUGGAUAAACAGCAUUCGCAUCAUCUUCCGCGAAUAAACGGAAGGAGAUUAUACGUGUAGGAUUUAAUGUGAAUUAAUCGAUUUCGUCUAAGAUGUGAAACUUCGUUCGAUGAUGUUUUCACAAUUUGUUCGUCAUUAUUUUAAGAAGCGGUUUAGAGUUUGAAGUGGUGUUUGCGGAUUGUAUAUACAUAUAUAUAUUAUUAUAGAACAUAAUUGUAAUAUUAAUACGGAUUAGGUAGCUCACCGUCACUGCCUGCAGCGUUGGUCGUGCUAGGAGGUGAACGAGAAUCUUGGCACUGCUGUACUCUGCGUAGUGUCGCGAUCGUUUAUAAAACAAAUUCUCGACGAAAGCUUGUUUUGUUAAGUUUUUCAGCAAUUAUUAUUGAUGACAGGAUUUAUAUUAUAUUUACUAAUGCGUGUAUGAUACAAGUAGGGUACUGAACAUAUAAUUACGACGUACUAUCCAGAUCUUUGCCAGUCUAUUUGUAACGCGAUGAUUAACAUUAUAAGUCCAUACGUAUAAAUCGUUCGUUGACACUAUUGAUGUAUUGCUUUCUUCAUUUGCCACGACUUCAGAGUUCGAAACAAGUAAAAACGGGCCAGAGCCUCGUGGGAAAGGGAUCGGGAAAUGUCAGUUUCCACGUGACGGAGCGUCUCGGUAGGAGCGUUCGCGAAAUUAAAAUGGUAAGGUUGAACGGUAUUUGGUUUUUAAUUUAAUCAAAUAAAUUUUAUUUAUUUGAUUGCGACUAAACGAAACGAUAGGAGGAAUGCAGGCUAUCGCUAUUUAUUCUAUUAACUGUUUCGUGUUGAUUACUUGUUACACGCACAGAAAAUUGUACUUUUUACUUUAUCGUACUAAUCUUUAAUCGUGAUCCUUGAGAAAAUGAAACCGGUAUAAAAAUGGGAAUGUUGUUUUAAUCGCCGAUAUAUGUAUAUUUAAUACGCUCUAAUCUUAUUAGUAUUAGAGAAUAUAUUUUAUAUGCGAGUGAUGAUUAGUCGAUUGCUUUAUAUAUCUGUCAAUAAACGAGAUUUGAAAAUAUUUCCAGUCUCGUCAUGCUAUAGUAUCAGAAAAGCAUUAAAUAACCGAUGGUUCAAACGAAGUUUGAGCUGGAAUCAAAUCGAAAUAAAAUAAAUUGUUGUAUACUUUC